CCGGUUUGCAGCUGACUCGAUUCGAGUGUUCCACAACAGACAGCUCGCAGGAGUGACUAGAACUGAGCGACAGUGAGAUGCAACCGAGUGUACUCGUGUGUUUAUUCGCUGUUCUAAGCAUCUACGGUGUCCACGCGGAGAUCGAGCAGUGUUUCGAGGUGGGCCAGUAUUGUGAUGCGGACGGGAACAGGAAGUGUUGUCCACCACACCAGUGCAAGCUGAUCAAUGCACGAGAAGGCGUGUGUGUGCGAGGUCGGUGUUUGCAGUCGAAAGAACAAUGUGUGCACAGUCGUGAUUGCUGCAAUGGACAGUGUUUGAAUGGAUACUGUAGAUUCAAGUAACCAGUUGUCUGUCUGCCGAUAGAGCGUGUGCCUCGCCUCUGCUUGACCAGAAUGCCAAUCAUCCAGCUCUUCAGAUUGUUUUUCACCCACUGCUGUUUCGAUCACUGACAUGUUUACAUACACCAUUACACACUCACCUCCUCAACAACACACCUACUCAUUUAGACAAUCACCUGUGCAGUGAACACUUCUUGUAAUUU